CCACCACAACACACCAAAGAAAAGUCUCCCUCGCAACAACUCGCCCAUUUCCCUCCACACCAGCCCGACACCUCAAGCUCCAUCCCGAUCGAUGGCGCCCAAGGCCGAGAAGAAGCCCGCGGAGAAGAAGCCGGCCGCCGAGGUCGCCGAGAAGGCCGAGAAGACCCCCGCCGGCAAGAAGCCCAAGGCGGAGAAGCGGCUGCCGGCGUCCAAGUCCGCCAAGGAGGGCGGCGACAAGAAGGGCCGCAAGAAGAACAAGAAGAGCGUCGAGACCUACAAGAUCUACAUCUUCAAGGUGCUCAAGCAGGUGCACCCGGACAUCGGCAUCUCCUCCAAGGCCAUGUCCAUCAUGAACUCCUUCAUCAACGACAUCUUCGAGAAGCUCGCCGGCGAGGCGGCCAAGCUGGCCAGGUACAACAAGAAGCCCACCAUCACGUCCAGGGAGAUCCAGACCUCCGUCCGCCUCGUCCUCCCCGGCGAGCUCGCCAAGCACGCCGUCUCCGAGGGCACCAAGGCCGUCACCAAGUUCACCAGCAACUAGGGAGGGACGGUGA